AUGUGGACUAACGAGUGGCCCCAGACCUUUGCGGGCGGCGACCCCGUUAAUGGCAAGGUCGUCACGGUAAACCACCUCACUGAGAUGGUGUGGAAGGACACGACCUCCAUUGGAUGCAGCUGGAACCUCGGCUGCAAGGGCGGCGUUUUCGGCAACUGGGAUAACUCUGUCUUCCUCUCCUGCAAGCACGCCCCCGCGGGCAACAUCUACGGCCAGGAGGGCGAGCAGGUCGGCAACUUUAUCCCCGGCUAA